AACCAUCACUACUUUAUGUUUCUACUUUCUUCUUCAACCAAUUGAAUAUGACACAUGCUACAAUUCAUUUAUAACACACCAUUUGCAUAUAAUUACACACAAACAAACACACAUUCACAACAACAAUAGUACUCCCAUGACCAAAACAUGUUCUUCCCCUACCUUCUUCUUUUUCCUAUUCUCUUCACUCAAUCUCUAUCUUUCUCCUUCAUCUUCAAUGGAUUCAAAAACCUUAACAUAUCCGUCAACGGGGCCGCAUGUGUCACACCCCACGGCAUUCUAAAACUCACCGACAGCACCCCACGCUUAAUCGGCCAUGGGUUUUACCCGAACCCGAUCCGUUUCAAAAAUAAUAAAACACCUUUAUCAUUUUCCACAUCUUUUGUUUUCGCCAUAUUGCCUGAAUACAAAAAGUUAGGUGGUCAUGGGCUGGCUUUCGCUAUAUCGCCAUCGAAAGAGCUCGCCGGAGCCCAACCGAACCAGUAUCUUGGCCUCCUUAACAUCACAAACAAUGGCAAUACAUCAAACCAUUUAUUCGCUAUAGAAUUCGACACGGUUCAAGACUUAGAAUUCGGUGAUAUUGAUAACAACCAUGUUGGUGUUAAUAUCAACUCCAUGUUGUCAAAGAACACAACCACAGCUGGCUAUUAUGUUGGUUCUACAAAACAUGAUCUCAAUUUGAAAAGUGGGAAAAAGAUCCAAGCAUGGGUGGAUUAUGAUGGUUCAAAACAUGAACUAAAUGUAACUAUUUCACCAUCUUCAAGCAAACCCAUUAUGCCGAUCUUGUCGGUUCGGGUUGAUCUGUCACCCGUGUUGCAAGAUGAGAUGUACGUUGGGUUUUCAGCCUCAACAGGUGUGCUUGCAAGCUCUCAUUUUAUAUUUGGUUGGAGCUUUAACAUGUCUGGAAAAGCUCAAUCUUUUGAUAUUGAUAAGCUCCCUUCAAUACCAGGGGGUAAAAAUAACCACACACGUUUUAUAAUUAUUAGUGUUUCUGUGGGUGUCUUUUUAGCUCUUGGAAUUUUAGUGGUUGCUGUUGUUUUUGUGGUGAAGAAGUUGAAAAAUGUGGAUGAGAUUGAGGAAUGGGAGCUUGAUGUGGGCCCACAUAGAUAUUCUUACAAAGAGUUGAAAAAGGCUACAAAGGGGUUUAAAAAAGAGGGGUUACUUGGGUUUGGUGGAUUUGGGAGUGUUUACAAAGGGGUUUUGCCUAAAUCUAGGACAUUAGUUGCGGUGAAGCGAAUUUCAAACGAAGCGCAACAAGGGAUGAGGGCGUUUGUGUCGGAGAUCAAUACUAUUGGCCGCCUUCGCCAUAGAAAUUUGGUUCAAUUGUUGGGUUGGUGUAGAAAGAAAGGGGAUCUAUUGCUUGUGUAUGAUUACAUGGCUAAUGGUAGUUUAGAUAAGUAUAUUUAUGAUAAUCCUAGAGUUGUUUUAACUUGGGAACAACGGUUCAAGAUUAUAAAAGAUGUAUCGAGAGGUUUGUUAUAUUUACACGAAGAAUGGGAGCAAACCGUGCUUCAUAGAGACAUUAAAGCGGGAAACGUGUUGUUAGAUUCGGAGCUAAACGGGCGGUUGGGUGAUUUUGGGUUGGCUAAGUUGUGUGAGCACGGAUCAAACCCGAGCACGACUAAAGUGGUGGGUACAUUGGGUUAUUUGGCUCCUGAACUGACUCGAACCGGUAAGCCCACCACAAACUCAGAUGUGUUUGCAUUUGGGGCCUUGUUGUUAGAGGUGGUUUGCGGAAGGAGGCCCACUGAGCCGAAGGCGUUACCAGAGGAGCUUAUCUUGGUGGAUUGGGUUUGGGAUAAGUGGGUCAAAGAGGCUGUUAUUGAAGUGGUUGAUUCAAAGCUGAAAGGGGAGUUUGAUGAGGUGGAGGUUUUGAUGGUAAUUAAGUUGGGGUUAAUGUGUUCUAGUAAUUCACCGUCAGCGCGACCGCCUAUGAGGCAGGUGGUUAGGUACUUGGAAGGGGAGGUCGCCUUGCCCGAAAGUAUAGAGGCGCCAUGUGAGAACGUCGGGAAGGGUAGUCAUGGGUGGGAGUUUGAGGAUUAUGUGCAUUCUUAUCCAUCUUCCUCUAUUAUAGACAAUGUAAGCAAUUGGUCAGCUGGAAUUGAGGAAGAGUAUAUUGAUGUUGAAGCAGGUUUGACUACACCAUCCUCUGUUGAGAGCAAGUUAAGAAGUUAAAAUUUCUGUUCUGUUUUUUUUUUUUUUUUUUUUUUUUUUAAUUUUAUUUAGUUUUGGUUCUGUAGAAUGUGGAUAACUGUAUGUAUUAUGUAACUAGUUUUAUUUUAAGGUUGGAAUCAAUAAGUGUAUUUCAUCCC